UCAAAAUACUUCUAUUCGCAUUGAGUUAGGUUAAACUUGUUCAAUAAUUAAAACAAAUGCUUCUUAAAUAAAAUAACGAAAGGUCCAAUAAAAUAAAAUGACGUUAAACCCAAGAAAGUAUUUCAUUAGAGAUAUGGUUAACAAACCAACCCCAUUUGAUGUUUGGUUGCAAGGCACUAUCGAACAAAAUGUCGGUAACGAUAUUUUAAUAAUAUCGGAUACUUUUGGAAGAGCGAAAAUAACAAAAUGUGAGACUGCCGACGGCGUCAUCGAUAAGGCCUCUUUGCAAAAAGGCAAAUAUUGCUGUAUUCUAGGCACAGCCGUCUCGACAAAGGGCCUGCCUGAAGUGCAAGCAUGUAAAUUCGUAGAUCUCAGCUCUCAGCCCGACAUGAAAGAAGCGUGGGAAUAUGAAGUUAGAGAAUCAAACUUACUCUUUGAAGGAAAAAUAAAAACCUUAGUAUAAUA